GAAACUUGAGUUUUUCAUAGUCACGGGGAUUGAACAAGUUGUUGAGGCUGCGCCAGGAAUAGUGCAUCCACAUGUCAGCCAUGGCGGUCAGGAUCUUCGCGGUUCAAACGCUGCUCUGCCUCGUAUCUUAUACUCUGGCGCAACAAUCAUUCUUACAGCCCAUCGUCAUCCUGAUCGGUCGUACAGCAGCUGGAAAAACUGGAAACGCAGAUCCAACCUGCCUCGUUCGAAAUCCACCAGUCGUCAGAAGGACCGACUACACGUACUUUCCGGGAAUCGGUGGCUACAAGUACCACGAUCAAUUACUUCCAUGGGGCAAGGCUCUAAUUGCCUGCGAAGAAGAAGGUGGGCACUUGGCUGUCAUCAAUUCCGUGGCUGAGAGGGAUGCAGUGGUGAAAGCGAUCAAGGCAAAAGGCUCGCUUCCGGAGUGCGUCCUCCUCGGCUUCCACGACUUAUACCAGGAUAGUUACUUCGUCACCAUCCAUGGGCAAAGUCUGGCCAAGGCUGGAUUCAGCGAGUGGGCGAGUGGAGAACCUAAUAAUCGUGGGGGUGUUGAAAAUUGUGGAACAUUGCACUUGGCGAGUGAGAAGUUCAAUGAUCACCCAUGCAAUUUCCCACGUCCUUUCGUUUGCGAGCAACCAAUCCAUUGACAGUGGUUGAAAAAGCGUGAAACAGAUUGUAAGAAACAUCGACGAA